AUGAUUGGAAAGACUUUGAUUGUAGCUUGUUGUAUGGCUGCGUACCCACCAGUGGCACACUUCGAUCCGACGUCCGUGUGUUCGGGGGCGAAGACUGACGAUGAGGUAGCUACAUGUGUAAUCGAGAGUGUGGAGAAUGGUACGGAGUUUAAUUACUUCUUGCCGAAGAAGUUUGAGUCGUUGACGAAGCCGACAGUGUGCAAUGGCUCAGAUAGCCGUACGUUCCUUUCGGUAGAUUACAAGCAGCAAAAGGUGACGGCUGAUAACAAAGGACUGCGCAUGCCGCC